UCCAUAAGUAAUUUGCGAACUUUAUCACAAAAAAAAAAAAAUCAACAUUCCGCAUUCACAAACAAUCAAAGCAGAUACGGAGUUAUCGCGUGUUAACGAUAAAAUGUAAUUUGUUGUUUACAAAAUGUUCAAUAAGGUGUUCCAACGCGCGCUAAAGUUCCGAUUGAAGAAAAGUUAUCCAACAAAUAUAUAUGAUCUGAACAGAGGGGCCGCGAUCGCUGUUCGCCGACCGUAUAGCGACGAAGUUAAGAAAGCUCAGAUUUCAAGCGUUGCUUCGCCUGGCCCGACUAUAUUCGAUAAGAUAAUAUCGAAGGAAAUCAAGGCAGACAUAAUAUACGAAGAUGAUUAUUGUCUAGCGUUCAACGACAUAGCACCCCAGGCGCCGGUUCACUUCCUGGUUAUCCCAAAACGUAGGAUAGCUAGGUUGCAAGACUGUGAGACCAAUGAUAAGGAGCUACUAGGUCACCUAAUGGUUGUAGCAAGGUCGCUAGGAGCAGAACGGGCUCCGGCAGGCUGGCGUUUAGUUGUUAACAACGGUAGGCACGGCGCGCAAUCCGUCUACCAUCUGCAUUUGCACGUGCUGGGUGGCAGGCAAAUGGGAUGGCCUCCUGGCUAAUUUUUUCGAAUCAUGCAACUGCCAACACUGAAAUGUCAAUUUGACAAAAAAAAACAUAAAAUUGUAUGUUGUCUGUGCCAUUUUCUGAAAUAUGUCAAUUUGACAUUUAAAAUAAUAGAAACUUUGUCUAUGCUAUUUUCCACAACGGGAUCGAUCCUGUGGGCUUGGGAAAUGGACAUACACAAAUUAGUUCGGCAUUCUCAGUUCAGAAUUUUCAAAUAAAAUUGAAUUUUAAUGAAAUUUAAUUCGAAUUUUAUUUCAGUGUUGCGGAAUUAAUUAAAUUACGAGAUCUAAUAUGUAAUGUGAGUUUUUAUUAAAGAUGUCGAUUAAGAUGUAAAAAAAAUAACAUAAUGAUUUAGUAUUGCAAUAAAUGGCAGAUCAUAGAUAAAAGAUUAGGACGCUAUUUAGGCGGGAAUUUACAAUGACGCGGCUUUAAUUAUUAAAGUCUACGUGCAUUGCGACGAAAUUUACAAUUUGUUCGUUUGUUUUGUGAUAGUAGCCAAUCUUUUGAUAAAAAGAUUUGAUUUACUAAAGUUGUAAUUAAUAUAUUAAGUGAUUAUUAUUUUUAAUCUGAUAAAACAAGAUUUUUGGGUGAUUUUUCCAUUCCAAAGUAUUACAUAUUUGAAAUUAAAUAUUUACACUCAUAAUCGAUGAUCCAGUAAAAAAACUACACAUAAAAAUAAAUUUAAACUCAAAUCAGAUAAGUUUGAAUUUCGCUCAAACAAAUUAUAGCAAUACUAAAGAUUUUAAAGUGUCAUAUGUACGGCCAUUGUGUAUAGUAAAUUAGAUUUAGACUCACUUAUUAUAAGGUUCAUUAUCAACUGACGUUCCCAAAAAUGAAGAACGUUCUCAAUUCAAAUCUUUUUUUUUUUGUUAGUAAGUCGCUAACUUCGCGGGUUUUCAACUGAUGGACGCGAUUUUUUUUCGUGUUUGAUAGGGAAUUGUUGUCAUUUGGUCCCAAUUUAGAAUCUGGAGUGUUACCAAGGGACGUCAGAUUUUUUUUUUUUUUGUAGAAAAGGAUUUAUUAUUAUUCGGUUCUUGUGCAAUAAAAAAGCCAAAAUAGUAUUAAGGUGUGCAUCUUUCCAUUUAAAUUGUCGUUGAUUUUAUGAAAUCUGUUCAUUUUGUAGUUAUUUCUUAAUAUCGUUAAUAGAUAUUGUUUUUAGGUUUUAUUUUGUAUUGAUAAUUAGCGGUAGUAUUUUAUAACUAGCUGUUCGCCCCGACUUUGCCCGUGGUACAUAUAUAGCCUAUGGAACUCGGAGAUCGCGUACAUAUCCAGCGGGAGAAUUUUUUAAAUCGGUCCAACUGUUCUUGAGAUUACUGCGUUCAAACAAACAAAUUCUUCAUCUUAACGUUAUUAGUAUAGAUGCAUUGAUAGUGCCUUAUAAAUCAAACCGUUCAAACUAAUUUAAUCUGUACAAGAAAAGGACGUAAACAACAGGCUUCAUUAGCCAUCCAAUUGAUAGCCUAGCCUCUUGAUUGAACGCCGGAGGGCUGAAACAUACAUUGCUGGUGAUGUAACAUAUUUUCUAUUAACAACUUCUAUAGCAAUGUAAAAAAUAGGGCUCUUAAUAACCAGGGCUUUAUUUAACCCAUUAGGGGCCCCAGCUGGGGGUUAUAUGGCCCCAACUAAAGAAAUAACCUCAGUUUGAUGACUGGCAGUGCAUAAGUAUGUGAUAUUUUACAUGAAUAAUACGUAACUCUGUCUAGUUCAGAAAUGUCUUAUUCUGGAAAAAGUUUAGGAUUAUCUGUAAUAUAUAUGGUAUAAAGUUAAUUUUGUCAAAUUUUAAUAAGCUGGUUUUAAAUAUUCGUUAUUAUUAAGACCCUCGUAUGUUUAACCGACGUUCCCAAAAUUUAAGACGUUUUCGAUGCUUAUGUAUCUCUUGUAAUUUCGGUCUGGCGGUCGAAAAUAUAUAAUCGAGCAUUAUUUUUGGAAGUUGGUUAAACAUUUUAUUAGAGUUGAAUCUCAGUGUACAAUAGUCCAAUCUAGUCACAAUAAAGUCAUUAUUUUAAAGAAUGUCACUAAUAAUCUAUACACUUGUUAUUUUUAUAUUAUUUCACAUUUUCUAUAAAAAACAUCUUUAAAUGCAAUCAAACAAAUGUCGUUAUUUGUUAAACAAUAAUAACAGCAGUUAAUUAUUAGAAAUAUUCAUUAAAAUUAAUAUAAAUUGACGUGAAAUUGUAAAUUUUUCUGCUGACUCUACUUUUGCCACUGUUGGUCGCAAGCUGUGGUUUUUCAUAAAAUAUACCUGAAUAGAAUAUUCAAAUACAAUUUUAAACUUGUCUUUUAUAUUUCUAAAUAAUAAUAUAACUCCAAAAACAUUGAGAUUUUUUUUUUCAAUACCCGCAUAAAAGACAUAAAAAUUUAUUAUAUGUUUAAGUUAGUUCAGUCUAAGGUCGGUUGUGGGCGUAUACGGACGUGAUUUGAAUGUUUUCUACAAGAAAAUGUUAAGAAUCGCUUCGUAACUGUUUAUUUGUUAAGAGUUUAAUGCAUUGUUAAAUUCUGUAACCAAAGGUAUUAAAAUAAAUUUGUUAUUUGAGA